AUGUUGAGAACUACUAGUGCUCCAGUUGUUGCAAGACGUUCUUUGCAAAAUGUUUUAAAACGGUCAGCUCCAUUGUCUUUAACAAGACCUUUAUCUUAUUGUAGAGUUAGAUUAUCUCAAGCACAAGAAAGACCAGAACCUGCUCCAAGUUUCAAUGUGGGUCCUACCCAACAAACUGUUUUCCCAAAGAAGGAUCAGUUAAAGAUGGACAAAUCUUUAAUUGGUUUGACUGGAGGUGAAAUAUUUCAUGAAAUGAUGAUUAGAAAUAAUGUUGACACUGUUUUUGGUUAUCCAGGUGGUGCCAUCCUACCUGUUUAUGACGCUAUUUAUAAUAGUGAUAAAUUUAAAUUCGUUUUACCAAGACAUGAACAAGGUGCUGGUCACAUGGCUGAAGGUUACUCUAGGGCUUCUGGUAAACCUGGUGUUGUCUUAGUCACUUCUGGACCUGGUGCCACUAAUGUCGUCACUCCAAUGGCAGACGCUUUAGCUGACGGUAUCCCAAUGGUCGUCUUUACAGGUCAAGUGCCAACUUCCGCUAUCGGUACAGACGCUUUCCAAGAAGCUGACGUUAUUGGUAUUUCAAGAUCUUGUACUAAAUGGAAUGUAAUGGUAAAAUCCGUAGAGGAAUUACCAAGACGCAUUAAUGAAGCUUUUGAAAUUGCAACAAGUGGUAGACCAGGUCCAGUUUUGGUCGAUUUACCAAAAGAUGUGACUGCUGCUAUCUUAAGAAACCCAAUCCCUGUUAAUUCAACUCUGCCUUCAAAUGCUUUGAACCAAUUGGUUAAAAAUGCCCAUAAUGAAUUCACUGAAGAAAGUUUAUCAAAAGCUGCUUCUUUGAUAAAUAUAGCGAAAAGACCUGUCUUGUAUGUAGGUGGUGGUAUCUUAAAUCAUGAAGAAGGUCCAAGGUUAUUAAGAGAAUUGAGUGAACGUGCUCAAAUACCUGUUACUACUUCUUUAUUAGGUUUGGGUGCUUUUGAUCAAGAAGAUCCAAAGUCCUUGGAUAUGCUAGGAAUGCAUGGUCAUGCUCCUGCAAAUUUAGCUAUUCAAAACGCCGAUUUAAUUAUCGCUGUAGGUGCAAGAUUCGAUGAUCGUGUUACUGGUAACAUUGCCAAGUUUGCUCCUGAAGCUCGUCGUGCUGCUCUUGAAAAUAGAGGUGGUAUCAUUCACUUCGAAAUAACUGCUAAAAAUAUAAAUAAAGUUGUCGAUACCCAAGUAGCUGUCGAAGGUGAUGCUGCUGCUAAUUUAGAAAAAUUAUUACCAAAUAUCUUUGCAGUUAAGGAAAGAAAAGAUUGGUUUGAUUUGAUCGAAGAUUGGAAACAAAAAUAUCCUUACUCCUAUAUGAAGGAAGAACCAGGUUCCAGAAUUAAACCACAAACCAUUAUUGCUAAAUUAUCAAAACUUGCAAAUGAAUCAAAUAGAGAGACAAUCGUUACUACUGGUGUUGGUCAACAUCAAAUGUGGGCUGCUCAACAUUGGACUUGGAAACAUCCACGUACUUUCAUAACCUCAGGUGGUUUGGGUACCAUGGGUUUCGGUUUACCUUCUGCAAUCGGUGCCCAAGUAGCAAAGCCUGAUUCUAUGGUCAUUGACAUUGAUGGCGAUGCAUCUUUCAAUAUGACUCUAAUGGAAAUGACUUCUGCUGUACAAGCGUCGGCUCCAGUUAAAGUAUUGCUUCUAAAUAAUGAGGAACAAGGUAUGGUUACACAAUGGCAGUCUCUAUUCUAUAAGCAUCGUUACUCUCACACUCAUCAAUUGAAUCCAGAUUUUGUUAAACUUGCGGAAGCUAUGGGUUUCAAAGCGUUGAGACUAAAUAAACAGGAAGAUGUCGAUGCGAAACUAAAGGAAUUUGUAGAUUGUGAAGGACCUGUCUUGUUAGAAGUAGAAGUCGAAAAGAAGGUUCCUGUUCUACCGAUGGUUCCAGCUGGUAAAGGUUUAGAUGAAUUUAUUAAGUUCGAUCCUGAAACAGAAAGAGAACAAAAGGAAUUACGUCAUAAACGUACUCAAGGUAAACAUUGA